AUGGCGUCGGAUCAUGAUGUGUAUAAUGAAUUUGUUGUGGAUGGAUUUGAUCUGAAACUUAAUGGCGAAAUAUUUCUAACAGGAGGAAUGAUGAAUCCUAAAGAGCUGUAUCUUCAAGAUCUGACACUGUGUCAAGAUACAUCAUCAUCAGAUUCGGGAAUAUCCGCAGUGGAUGAUGGCCAGGACAUUGCCGACAUUACUGACCUCAACAACAUUUUAGACACAGAUUUUUCCUUGGACUGUGCAUUGCUCAAUGUUGAAGAAGAUAGUUUUGAUGCAGAUAUAUUUUUUAAGAGUGAACCACAGUCACCAUGUCGUCAGCAUGAGUUAAUUUUUCCUGAUGACGGCACUAUCAAGGACGAAUGGAAUCCUCUGUCGUUUCCGGAAUUUCUUCGGAUGGAUGAUCCCUUGAGCCCAGCCUCCUCAGCUAAUUCUCCACAACAGAUUUACACCAUCCAGCAGCAGCAGUCACCUCCGGAGCCUAUAUCUCCCAAAUAUGAGCCUCCUUCGCCCUCACUCACAUUCAAUUCUGAAACAUUGCACAUUGACUCAUCAGCCGGCAGCGACCUGACAGAGUUUAUGUACACACACAUCCUACCUGCAAAUAACCAGACUGGCAGCACCCGUACUGUGUACACGGUUGAGUCCUGUCUGAGCCCUGGUGCUGCACCAAAUUCCCCACCGGGCAUCGUCCUCUUGCCUAAAGUCAAGAAAGAGAACCAGAUUAGCAUACUGCCUUCUGGGGGUUCAUUUGUCUCACCCAAUGGGAAUAUCAGACCUGCAGGUGCCAACAUUGAUUCUAUACUAAACAGCAAAGUAAAGAUAAAGCCCAAACCAGGGUCAGAGGUGAUAAUUCCAACAGGCACUACGCAGUGGGUAGCUACCACAGCGAACACCCAGUUGUCGUUCUCAAGUCACCAUCAAGCAUUCCCGCUGAUAUCAGCAGCUCCGAUGAUCUCAGCGGGUGGCAUCCUACCAGUCACAGAUGAUAAGGUUCUCAAGAGAGCCCAAAGAGUAAUAAAAAAUCGCGAGUCAGCAAGUUUAUCCCGAAAAAGAAAGAAAGAGUAUUUGACGAGCCUGGAGCAACGUCUGCAGCAGUGUCGAGAUGAAAAUGAAAGGCUUCUCAGAGAAAAUGAAACCCUAAAAAAACAGUUGCAGUUUUUGCAAAAAGAAAAUACUGGUCUGAAGCACACAAAGCUGAGCCCAGCCAAGAAAAUGUGCCUUAUGUGUGUAACCUUCUUGCUUGUAUUCAACUUCUCUCCUUUUAGCUUCAUGAAUGAGUCCACUAGUACCAGUUCUCAACCUGGAAUUAGUCAAAACUACCACCCGGCAGGAAGACACUUGAUGUCCUUGGGUGACAGACAAACAGAUAAGAGAUAUGAGGAUAAAAAAGCUGUCCCUGCGUAUAAAGACAUGUGGUCAGCAAGCCUGUUGAUGCAGUUUGAUGAGGAAUUGAGCCUUCUGGCUGAAAAGCUCAAUAUUACCGGGAAGUUAGGCAAUGUGUGCCCCAUGUAUUUCAACACAACCGAAUCCAACAGACUGGCUGAACAACUACGAAGAUGGAUGAUUAAUCAGGAGGAAGAAAAACUGAAAAAAGAAAGAAAACAGCAGAAGAAAAAGAAAGAUUACCCACCUCAGAGACGCUUUGAUGCCGGGUCCCUCAAUGGGCACACUCAUUUCACUGCAAAAGGUGAGCUGCACCGACCAACAGUCACAGAAAACAGCUACCCAGUUCAAGUUUUUGCCGGAAGCAAUGAUCCUAGGCAGCAGCUGUUUAGUGCUAUCCCAAGAAGGAAUGACACAUUUUAUGUUCUGUCCUUCAGCACUGAUUAUUUCCUGGUACCUGCCACUGCACACAACAAGACGAUGCGACCCAGAAUGUCGCUUCUGAUGCCUGUAAUUACACCUCUGAUGAAUGAUACCACAAGGGAAACCCUUGACAGCAUAGGAAUGAUGCAGAUAGACUGUGAAAUCCUGAGCACCAACAUCAUCAGUGUGCACCGGUCAGCAUCUCCGGAAAACGCCCACUACAACUCUACCCCCUAUGCAAGAAGUGGGGGCAGUGACAAAUCUAAGGAUCACAGACACAUAAAUAUACAUUCUAGAAAAGGAGAAAAUAAUACCAAAUAA